AUGGUCUCCCCACUGGCACUGCUGGCCCGGGUCUGGAAGGUGGCUUCUCAACGGCCGUCGCGGGCCUGGCUUCCGCCGGCGGCCGCGCUGGCUGCCGCAUCCAUCCCACGGUGGAUCACUAUCUCAGCAGUGCUCGGACUGCUUCUCUUCUUCUUGCUGCAGGAGAUAAAGCUCCAAGCUGCCCCGCAAGAGGAUGGGCCGGAGAAAAAGUUGCUGGAGCUGAAAUUUGAGACAGGCUGUCGAAAAACGGCGGUCGCGGCUGCAUUGAGCUCCUGGAUCUACAACUCCGGCUCGCGUUGCGUAAGGAUCAAAGUGUACAGCGACGAUCGACGAGCGGCGUAUUACGACUACGAAAGUGCCGAUAUGACCCGAGCUCCGCGAGGUAUCAUCCCGGGUGGCUGGUGCGUACCGGUCAUCAAGGAGCUCAGUAAGAUGGGGCGCGACGGCGUGUCGCACCCAUGCUUGUUGGUGCGAUAUCUGAGCCUGCCGGUUUUGAUUUGGAAGAUGCACACAGAAGAUGUCGGGCGAUUUGCGCUGGUCAUGGAGGCUGCCGACUGCUACAGCGAUCGGAGCCUCGCCAGGCGCGUGGGGAGAGUCCAGGCAAACUCACAGGUGACGGUAUUGGGCGAUGCAAAGAGCAACGCCGGCGUGGCGCUGCUCCUUCUCGCCCAUUCCGGGCAGCGCGUGUAUGUGGUCGACACUGCAUCCAUCUACGCCCUCGACCAAUGUGUGGAGAUCAAGCCUGGAGGUGCCAACUUCUUUCGGAGCAACGACUUCGCGGUGGAUCGGGCGGGCGUCAUCCCGGAAGGCGCUCAGCUUCCUCAGCUGGGGGCCGGAACUGCUUUGGGUCGCGAUGGCGUGCGGUACCCCUACUUGGAGGUGUUGUACCUGGGCUGCAAUGCCUUCGUUUGGCAGUGGCGCACAAAGGAGCCGGCUUUUCGCGAGCGAGAAGUGAAGCAGGCCCUUGGAAGACGGCUCAGCCAGGAGGUCGAAGUGGCCGACGUGCAGUUCCCACGGCCCACGCCUCUGUCGCCCUCUGCCGCCUUGGUCGUCUUAAAGAUGCCCCGUCCGGCUGAAGCGAAGGAGCCCGACCAGCGGGAGACGAUGAUCGUCGUGGUCUGGCAGGGGACGGAGUUCGACAAGCGACCGCUGGACCUGUUCACAGACCUGGCCGCAGCUCCUGUUCGUGCACAGAUGUGGCACGACUCACUUCCUGGUGUUUGGGCUCACUCUGGAAUCUACGCCAAGGUUCAGAGCGACGUCCUGCAACACGAGGAGUCCCUCAAAGGGAAAGUCUCCGAGGCGCUCUCGCAGACAUCUGGUCGCUGCCACAUCCUCUUCACUGGCCACUCCUUGGGAGGCGGUGCGGCGCUGAUCGCCCACCUAUGCUUUCUCGUGCGAUGGCAGGACUGGCUCCAGCGGGAACCGCGGCUAACGCUGGAGAGCACCACGUUCGCCGCGCCAAUGGUAUUCUAUCUGGCCGAAGGCAAAGCGCAUGUCUCACCACCACUCCUCAGCACCUUCAAGAAGCCUGGCAUCCAGAUUUUUGCAGACUACCCUAAGGGACAGCAGCCAGAACUACAUCUUUGA